AUGCCGUCCAACGGUCAGGGGCCUGAUGACCCAUACUACUCGUCCUCGUGGUCUGGGUACUCCCAGCCUGGUUCUUGGAACAACACUCCUCGAUAUACUCCUAGCUUGUCUUCCUAUGCGAGCUCCUCGUCAGCCCCACAGGUAUCUGGGAGCAGUCAUGGCAAUCAGAGUCACUACACUCAUUCGGCGGGUGGUCUGAUGCCAUACGACGAGUUCAGGAUGCCUCAGGCCUACUCCGAUACGCCAGCUCCGUCACAGUACUCCGCAAUGAGCACCUUUCACCAGGGCAUCGUGCAGCAGCAGAUUGCUCUUCCGCCCAGCAAUAACAUGCUCUACUGCGAGUUUCGACCCUGGACUGGUUGCCGAGAGCAGUUCAGACUCGAUGAUGUCGACUCGUGGAUCAGGCACACCGAGAACAUCCACCUAAAAGGUGCGUAUCCUGCGGCAUGCGUAUGCUGGUUUUGUGACGACUUCGACUUCAAAGUUGGUCAACGUUGUCCUGAUCCUGGCGAGAACUGGAGCCAGAGGAUGAGACACAUCGCCCACCAUAUGCUUCAUGAUGCAUAUCGAUUCGAACAAAGACGACCCGACUUCAGCCUUCUCGUACACUUGAAUCGUUAUAACAUGAUCCCUCCUCAGAGCUUCCAACAAGCCAUCAAUGCCAGCGAAGGCCCUCGUACUCAGAAUGUGUAUCCAUCGGGUUGGAGGCCGCCCAGAGAAGAGGCAGAGGUUCUUAUUGCAGGAAAUGGAAGAAGAAGGCGGAACCAGGGGAGGCAUCGCUGA